AUGGAGGAGCAAGACAUUCAGCUAAUACUUGAAAUGCUGAAAGAAAUGAGAGCCGAUAGCAGGAAAGACCAUAAGGAUUUGAUGGCAAGAUGGGAGGCUGACAGACAAGCAUGGCGAGAAGGGGCGGACGCCGACUCGAAAGCCUGGCGAGAAAAAACUUCCGCAGAGACCAGAGCAACCCUAGCAAUGACGGCACAACAAGAAGAGGUCCCCACACAUCUUAACUAUCAUAUGUUUGUUAAAUACUCAUAUAUUAAUNCGGGUUUGGUUUCAGCAGAUUCAGUUCUAACGUCUUCUAAUCAUGAAUUGCGGAAGCUAGGAAACCUAACCAAAGAAGAAUGCCAGUUUGUUAGGACAAAUGUUGCAAAAUCAGCAUUGCCUUUUGGAUUCAUUCCUGUUGCAGAUGCAGUUUGCACUUUCAGAAAAAGAUGGCAACGUUUAUCAGUUGGUUGCAGUAAACUGGAUGGGUUUUUAAAAGGAGGGGUUGCAGUCCAAGGAAUCACUGAAAUUGCUGGAGAGAGCAGCAGUGGAAAGACUCAGCUCUGCCUCCAGAUGGCAUUGACAGUGCAAUACCCCGUCUUAUGUGGUGGCCUGAGUGGAGGUGCAGUUUAUAUUUGUACUGAAGAUGCUUUUCCUUCUCGUCGGCUACAAGAGCUGUUCCAAUGUUUUCCCCCUACAUUCUCACAGUCACAGACCAGUAUCAGUUUUGGAGACAAUAUUUUCAUUGAACAUAUUGGUGAUGUUGAAACCCUGAAGCAGUGCUUGAGUGUAAGACUACCAGAACUUCUCGUUCAGCGCAACAUCAGGCUUGUUGUCAUAGACUCCAUUGCUGGAGUGUUUCGAACAGAUUAUGACCCAAGUGAUGCUAUAAAUAGAGCAAAAGACUUGCAAAUGGUUGGUGGCCAGCUUCAUAAACUUGCAGACCAGUUUCAUUUGGCUGUGAUAUGUGUCAACCAGGUAACAGAUGUUAUCUCUGAUGGGGCGAACAGUGACAUGAAACAGCGACCUGUAGCAGCACUUGGCCUGGCAUGGGCAAACAUGGUAACUACACGUCUUCAGCUGUCUCGAACUGAUCACACCGUGCGAGAUCCUCAUCAGACCACACUUGCAGUGUCAGUGAGGACUCUUCAGGCUGUGUUUGCACCUCAUCUUCCUAAUGAUACUUGUCAUUUUAUUGUCACAAGAGCAGGAGUGUUUGGAAUUAGUUGAACUCGGCAACAUGGCAUGUGAGUAUUAUUCAUAAAGUAAUAUGCUCAUAGAUUCAUGUAUACUGUCUCUCACAUUAGAGUUUCAAAUUUUUAUUGGACAUUAUUGUGUGAUUGUUACUUGAAGUGUAUUUAAUUAUACUGUGAAGACUGUACUGUCAAAUGAAAGUCAUUAUUAUUCUUUCA